AUGCCUGAGAUUACGAUUCUCAAGCGACCGAGGGAGGAAGCUGUUAUAACCCAGCGGAUGUUCUUCAAAAAGACUGCCCGAGGAAAAGUUAUCAAAGUUCUACGCGAACGGUACCUUCGAAAUGAUAUAUCUUGCGGCGUCAACGGCUGUAGGGUAUGCGACGCGACAGCGCAGACCGUCCUUUGGCGUUCCGAGGACACCACACACAAAUAUUUCCCCACAGGGCACUAUAUCCUGCCCGAUACUAAUGUAUUUGCACAGAUGGACUUGAUCGAAUCCAAUUACUUCACACCCCCCAUCAUCAUCCUACAAACCGUUAUGGAGGAAGUCCGUCACCGGACAUUACCCUUGCAUAGUCGCCUCAAGGCCCUCACGACGAGUGACGAGCGGAAAGUAUGGGUGUUUUAUAAUGAGUUCAGGUCAGAGACUGCUAUCGUUCGAGAAGACGACGAGACGCCGAACGACCGGAAUGAUCGAGGUCGGUAUCAGGAAACACUAGCACAUCCUCCGAUCCGAGGUCAAGCAAAUGUAGCGCUACCAAAGGUUGUGUUGAUCACAGACGACAAAUCGCCAAAAAGCAGACAAGGAGAAAAUCCCAUGCAUUUCAGAAGUCUUGAAGUGCGCAAUUAUGUGGACGGGAUGAAAAACUCGGAUCAACUUCUCGAUUCACUUUCGACGACUGGCUCAGACGAAGUGGAGCCUACCAGAGCUGUUGCAGGGCGUACUGCGCUCUAUGCUGAUUAUCUUCCUAUGUCUACCCUCGUGGCGGGAGUCAAAGCUGGUCAACUUCAUCAAGGUGACUUCAACGCAAAUCAAUAUAACUACCUCGAGGGUAACGUUCCUGUCCCUGCGUUCACGAAACCUGUCCUUCUAGUGUGCAGGGAAAACAUGAAUCUAUGCACAUUUUACCAGUCCUAUCCGUCGCUUCGCGGGUAUGUAGCCCGUGCAACACUCGUCACUUUCCUUGUGUUUACAUUUACAUCUCUCAGAUAUCCUCGUGCACCGCCAGCUUGCUGCCGCUAUUGGUUAUACACCACUGCAUCCAUCUCUGCACUCCAAAAUGCACGUUGA